AAAAAAAAAAAAAAAGAGCUUUUGAUAAAGAUGAAAUUUGGGAAAGAAUUUACUUCCCAAAUGGUCCAUGAAUGGCAAGAAGCUUAUAUGGAUUAUAAUUAUCUAAAGAAUCUUUUGAAAGAUCUCUUAGAUUUCAAGAAAAAAAAUGCACCAUUAUCAGAAGUUGCAGCCACCCCAGAAGGCUCAUUAAAGAGAAGAAUAUCUAUGUACAGAGCAUUUAGUGGAUUACAAAGUAGAUACACAAGUUUCAAAGGUUCUUCUGGGAAUAAUAAUAAUAAUAACCAUGAAGAUGAAGUUAUUUUAGUGAAUACAGUGCAGCAAGAAGGGUCACAAGGACAUCAUCAAACUAUGUUUCUCAUGUCAUCUGAAGAAGGUGGAGAGUAUGAGAUGAUUUUCUUUAAAAGACUUGAUGAUGAGUUCAACAAGGUGUUAACUUUUUACAAGAAAAAAGUGGGGCAAGUGAAGGCGGAGGCUGAUGAAUUGAGUAAACAAAUGGAUGCACUUAUUGCUCUAAGGAUUAUGGUUGAUAAGCCUUCAAUUGAAAUGCAUAGUGCACAAGGGAUGGAUCCAGCAUCAGUGGUUGCUCUUCAUUUGAGAAGUCAAUUAAGGUCACAUAUGGAAGUAAUUCAAGAAGUUGAGAUGAGUAGUGAAGAAAUUGUGGAAGAUGAAUCAACAUCAGGGAAAAGAGAUACAACAAAGAUGAAUCCUAUGGGUUUUAGGCCUGCUCCAGUAGGAAUUUUGGACAAUGUAAAAAUCAAUAUUGAACCUGCAACACCUAUCUCGACUUUGAAAAAUGUGAUUAAGUCUUCGAAAUCUGACUUAUCAUUCAGCAGACAAGAGCUUAGAAAAGCUGAAGAACAAAUAAGAAUGGCUUUUGUUGAGUUUUAUCAAAAGCUUCGACUUCUAAAAAAUUACAGUUUCUUAAAUGUAUUGGCAUUUUCUAAGAUCAUGAAGAAGUAUGAUAAGAUCACCUCAAGGAAAGCUUCUAAAUCAUACUUAGAGAUGAUUGAUAAAUCUUAUCUUGGUAGCUCAGAUGAGGUUGCUAAGCUCAUUGAAAGAGUGGAGGUCACAUUCAUAAAGCAUUUUGUCAAUGGAAAUCGAAGAAAAGGAAUGAAGUCUUUAAGGCCACAAGCUAAAAGGGACACACAUAGAGUAACAUUUUUCAUGGGUAUGUUCUCUGGCUGCUCAAUAGCAUUAGUGGCAGCUAUUACUGUAGCAAUACGUGCAGGAAAUCUUCUAGAGCAUAAGGAUCGUGGACAGUAUAUGGAUAACAUAUUUCCACUCUACAGCCUAUUCGGAUACAUUGUCCUCCAUAUGCUCAUGUAUGCAGGGAAUGUAUACUACUGGAAGCGUUUUCGGGUCAAUUAUCCUUUCAUAUUUGGCUUCAAGCAGGGAACGGCGUUAGGUUACAGACAAGUUCUCCUCCUUGCUUCUGGUCUUUCAUUUCUUGCAUUGGCUGCUGCCCUCUCCCACCUGGAUAUGGAUAUGGAUCCGAAAACACGAAAAUUUGAGACAUUAACUGAGCUGAUCCCACUUACCCUGGUGAUUGUUCUGAUUAUAAUAAUUUUUUGUCCUCUGAACAUCAUAUAUCGUUCAAGUCGUUUCUUCCUUCUAAGAACUGCCUGGCACUGUCUAUGCGCUCCUCUUUAUAAGGUUACUCUACCAGAUUUCAUCUUGGCAGAUCAACUUACCAGCCAGGUUCAAGCAAUUAGGAGUUUGCAAUUCUAUGUCUGCUACUAUGUGUGGGGGAACUUCAAAACAAGAUCAAACAAAUGUCAAGACAGCAAUGUUUACAAGAUGUUAUACAUAGUCGUUGCAAUUAUUCCCUUUUGGUCUCGGUUUAUUCAGUGCCUGCGCCGCUUAUUUGAAGAGAAAGAUUCAAUGCAGGGGCUUAAUGGCCUCAAAUAUUUCUCAACUAUUGUUGCUCUUGUGAUGAGGACACUUUAUUCUCAGAAGGGAGGAACCUUUUGGAGAGUAAUGGCAGCAUCAACUUCAGGAGUUACUACAGUUGCAAACACUUAUUGGGACCUUGUCAUAGAUUGGGGUCUAUUGCAAAGGAAUUCUAAAAACCCCUGGUUGAGAGACAAGCUACUCGUGCCACACAAGAUUGUCUACUUUGUUGCCAUUGUUCUUGACAUUAUUCUGAGACUAGUAUGGAUGCAAUUGGUUCUAGAUAUUAAAGAACUCUCAUUUCUGCACGAGAAAGCAUUCCUUGCAGUUGUUGCCUGUUUGGAAAUCCUUCGUCGAGGCAUAUGGAACUUUUUCAGGUUGGAAAAUGAGCACUUGAAUAACGUUGGAAAAUACCGUGCCUUCAAGUCGGUACCUCUGCCUUUUAACUACGAUGAGGACAAGAGUCAAUAACUUUGUUUAACUGAUUGAUACCAGCAAAUCAAAGGACUCAAAAUGAUUUUCUGGUUUAUAGUAUAGUUUGUCAAUGCUGUUUAUAGUAGUAGAGUUUUGUUUGUGAAAUUACAC